AUGUUCUCAAUCAAACCCAUCAGCCUAUCAAAACCCAAAGGCUACACUAUCUUUGCCUCUCUUAUUUCCCUAGGUGGUUUUCUCAAUGGCUACGAUACAGGAUCCAUUGGUGCAAUCACCAGUAUGUCAUCUUUUACCUCAAAAAUAGGGGAUCUAUCACCCCUACUCCGUGGUUUCACAGUCUCAUUAAUCAUGAUGACUGGUGCUAUGCCCUCUAUCUUCGGUGGUAAGCUGGCUGAGAGAAUUGGCCAUCUUUAUGUGGUUAUGGCUGGAUCACUUGUUUUUGCAUUAGGGACGGGAAUGGAAGCUGGUGCAGAUGGAUUAGGGGUUUUGUUGACAGGAAGAGCACUCGCUGGUUUAGGCGAAGGUUUGUGGUUGGGUUGUGUUAGUGUAUGUAUCACCGAGAUAGCACCAUGUGCAUCACGAGGAAUGCUCGUUUCGCUACCACAAUUCAUGUGCACAGCUGGUGUUUGCGCGGGAUAUUUUACUUGUUUUGGUUCUGCCCGUUUGGAAUCUUCCAUGUCGUGGCGAGCGCCGUUUAUCAUUCAAUCGUUGCUUGCUGUUGUCCUUGCAGCCUUAUGUGCUUACUUGCCGGAUUCGCCAAGAUGGCUGCUUCACAAGGGGAGAAGAGAAGAAGCAUUGCGAGCACUAGAAAGAUUGGGGAUCGAGAAGGAAGAAGCGGAGAAGGACAUUUUAGUUCCAGUUACAGUAGCUGUGGAUGUAAAGAAGGGAAUCAGGGGCUUCUUGAGAAUUUUCGAGAAAGAGUAUAGGAGCAGAACUUUCUUGGCAGUUUUCUUGUUGGGAGCGUUGCAAUUAAGCGGGAUUGAUGGGGUUUUAUAUUACGCACCAACUCUCUUCGAAACUGCAGGUUUACCUGGAACCACGUCCACAUUUCUCGCUUCGGGUGUAAGUGCCAUACUCAUGGUCGCCAUCACCAUCCCAGCUACCCUUUACGUUGAUCGAUGGGGGCGUCGUACAUCUGGUCUUGUUGGCGGUAUCAUACUAUCUUCGUCGAUGUUCAUGAUCGGCGCACUAUAUCUUUCGGAUUCUGUCCAUCCCUAUGGAAUUGUACGCUGGGUCGUCGUGGUUUUAAUUUUUGUAUUUGCGCUGACGUAUUGUGCGACAUGGGCUGUCAUGGGAAAGAUUUAUGCCAGCGAGAUUCAACCCAUGAAGACUAGAAAUGAGGCCAAUAGUUUGGCCCAGGGGGUGAGUUUUUUCGCAAAUUGGUUGGUGGCGUUCUUGACACCGAUCUUUUUGGCGCAUUCUAGUUAUGGUGCUUAUUUCAUGUUUGGAGGCUUCUCAUUGCUGGCCGUUUUUGUAAUGGCUAUCUGGAUGCCAGAGACGCGAUUGAGGUCUCUAGAGGAUAUCCAAGCUGGGUUCCAAAGACUUACAACGAAGAGUGACAAUGAUGAUGAGAAUGCUGACAGAAAGAUGAAUGGCAAGAUGAGGUUGAGGAGGCUACUGAAGGGACCGAUUUUGGUAGGAUUGGAGACACAGACGGAAGGCGUGGCAUCAGGAAGCGGAAGCGAUGCUGGUGGUCUAGGGCCGAUGAGGAUUGAGCUGAGUAGUGUUUAAGAAAAAGUUACGAUGAUACUAAAUUCGCUGUGAUGUCGGAUCGGAUUCAACGAGGUAUCGAAUGUCUCACGAUGACAUAAGGUUAAUGAAGACUUUGACAUUUAAGCUAGUACAAACCACAGUAUCUGGACUAUCCAGACCAAAGAGACAUCAAGCACAUCAGAAGCUGAUGGAUAAAAUAUCUAAUGCUGCGUAUAUAUC